GAACCAGGGGCAGGAAGCAUAGUAGCAAUUACACAGAAAACAUUUUCAUUGAAGGAAUCUUUCUCCUUUGAUACUUCAGAAAUGAAAAUUGAUAUUCAUAGCCACAUUCUACCUAAGGAAUGGCCUGACCUAAAAAAGAGAUACGGCUAUGGUGGAUGGGUACAGCUGGAUCACCACUGCAAGGGGCAGGCAAAGAUGAUGAAGGAUGGAAAGCUUUUUAGAGUUAUUCAAGAGAACUGCUGGGACCCAGAAGUACGGAUUAAAGAGAUGGACCUGUCAGGAGUCACAGUCCAAGUCCUUUCCACAGUCCCUGUCAUGUUCAGCUACUGGGCCAAACCUCAGGAUACCUUAGAUCUAGCCCAGAUAUUAAAUAAUGACUUAGCUGCUACAGUAAGAAAGUACCCCAAGAGAUUUAUUGGCUUGGGUACACUACCUUUGCAAGCUCCAGACCUCGCUGUGAAGGAAAUGCACCGCUGUGUGAAAGAACUUGGAUUUCCUGGAGUACAAAUAGGGUCUCAUGUCAAUGAAUGGGACCUGAAUGCACCAGAACUGUAUGAUAUUUAUGCUGCUGCUGAACAAUUAAAUUGCUGUCUCUUUGUGCAUCCCUGGGACAUGCAGAUAGAUGGGAGGAUGUCUAAAUAUUGGUUUCCCUGGCUAAUAGGCAUGCCAACAGAAACCACCAUGGCCAUUUGCUCCAUGAUUAUGGGAGGAAUUUUUGAAAAAUUCCCUAAGCUGAAAGUUUGCUUUGCACAUGGAGGUGGAGCUUUUCCAUACACAGUGGGGCGUAUCUCCCAUGGAUUCAACGUGCGCCCUGAUUUGUGUGCAAUGGAUAAUAAGGUGGAUCCAAGAAAAUACCUUGGUUCAUUUUACACAGACUCUCUUGUACAUGAUCCUGGUGCACUAAGGCUGCUAACAAGUGUGAUAGGAGAGGACAAAGUGAUUUUGGGGACAGAUUACCCUUUUCCACUUGGAGAAUUGGAACCUGGAAAAUUGAUUGACUCAAUGGAAGAUUUUGACAACAAACUGAAGGAUAAACUCAAGGCUGGCAACGCUCUGGAAUUUUUGGGUCUUAGCAGAAAACAAUUUGAAUAAUUAUGAAGAUAUUAAAAGAGACCAAACUUCAGAAAUUAUGCUGAAUCCUCGGGGAUAGUUCUCUUUGCAUGUGCAAUUAUACAGAAGAAAAAUAAAUGUGUU